GGAAAAAAGGUAGCUACCCCUGGAGGUGUCUGCCUUGCUGCUCUGCUCCCUGCCCCUCACUUUGUCCUGCCCCUCACUCUGCCCACCUCUUUCACCACCGCUUGUUCCAUUUAACUCACCCUCAGACUCCAUCUUACACCAACGUCCGCCAUGGCAGAUAAGAAGGAAGGCAAAACCACCAGCAAGGUCCCACUGAAGAAAAAGGUAGAGAAGAAGGUGGACAAGGCCACAGAGAAGGAAAAGGCAGAGAAGAAGGUGGAAAGGAAGAUGGAGAAAGUGACAGAGAAGGGCCCAGAGAAGGGCCUGGAUAAGGUUCAAGAGGCAGCACCAGAAGUUGCUGAGGGGACUGCAGGGACUGAGGUGGCAGGGAAUGGAGCAACGGCCAGCAAGGCUACAGAGGAAUUUGUAGUGGAGCCCAUGGAGCUGCCGCCCUUCGAGAUCAUCAUAGGAGAGAGGAUGAGUCCCUUCUACUUCAAGUUCCAGUUCAAGAAUGUAGAGUACUCAUCGGGCAGGAACAAGACCUUCCUGUGCUUCCUGGUGGAUGUACAAGGCAGCGGUGGAGAAGGCCUGCGCGGCUACCUGGAAGACGAGCAUGCAGGAGCCCAUGCCGAGGAGGCCUUCUUCCAGCAGGUGCUGCCACAGUACGACAGUGCUCUGCACUACAUGGUCACUUGGUACGUGUCGUCGAGCCCAUGCGCCGCCUGCACUGCCAAGCUGGUGGAGAUACUGAAGGCCCGAAAAACAAUGCGCCUCACCAUCUUCUCCGCCCGUCUCUUCAUGUGGGAGGAACCUGAGAUCCAGGUGGGGCUCAAGGCCCUGGCAGCUGCAGGUUGCAAGCUGCGCAUGAUGAAGCCCACGGACUUUGUCUACAUCUGGGACACCUUCGUGGAAAAUGAGGAUCAAACGUUCACCCCUUGGGAGGACUGCCAGGAGAAUUACGAGUACUACCAGGAGAAGCUGGCUGACAUCCUGCAGUGACCCAAUGUCUGGUGGCGGAGAGCAGGUGACCCACAAUGCACCUCCGCAACACGACUGUUGCGUUUCCCUGCCUCCCUCGUCUACUGAGCAUUUCUGGUGUUUUCCAUCCACUUUCAUUUAAGUUUGUCUACAUUUAAUUCUUCCCACUACGAUCCAAACCCAACCUGUGCUAAAACCCUCCCUCACAUGCCACCAUCCAGGAGUCUGUGCAGCAGUCAGUCACCUUGAGGAACUCAACCAUCCAGCAGUCCAAACAUGGUCACAGCUACAGCAUUCCAUCCACUUGAGAAGAUGCAGGUGCUACUCAGCGACCCUACAGCACACCUAAAUUCACAGUACAGCCUCGGAUAGAGCGGAGCCUUGAUCAGAAUGAGCUCAAAACAGUACUCAUAUUGCACAUUUCCCAGCUGAAACAGAGAUUAGACAGCCCUCCAGCCUCCAACUCAAAUACCACAAUUGGCCCCUGUGCACUAUCACUCUGUAGAGUGCCCCCUGGUGACUCCCCAGUGGAUUCCCUUGUGGAACCUGCAGCCUCCCCAGCAGCUGCAAGAACAACAGAGCAAUUCAGGCUACAAGUGAGAGGGCAAGGAGCACGGGUCCCGGCUGGGCAUGCGGGUUCGAGCCGCAGUUGCUGCCCUUCGCUUUUCAACAAGUAUUUGUGCGAAAGUACUGUAUGCACUUACAGUACUUGGACCUUUCUCUGCCCUUCAUUUUAAUGGGAGCGCAACAGUUAAUACUACUGUAUUUUUCCACUUCUGCUUUUUACAUAUAGUUUUAAAAAUGAUGUAGCAUUUUUAAUUGAAAAUAAGCCUGAAGGAACUUACGCGUGUGUCUGCUUUUGUACAUCAUUUUUCACAUUUUGGAGGCAAGUCUUGCUAAAGCAACAAACGAGAUGGGUUACCUGCUCACAGCCAUCCACACACAGCCAACAACAGGGUGAAAAUCAUAUCCAUUUCAGUAAAACUUCGUCUAUAUUCUCAUUUUUCUCAGCUGCCCGUGCUGUGUACUGUCAACUUGUAUUCAGUGAUUUUGUCAAAAUGCACUUUUUCUAUUAUAUUUUUUCAAAUUUACAUUUUCCCUAAACUGCUAACGUAAAGCUAA